UGUUACACAGCAUUAACACAGCUACAGGUUUUCGAGUGGUGUUCUUUGUGCGGGACUGGACAUGACACCUCCGCGGUCCAUUUUGUUGGUAGGAGAGGGGAACUUCUCCUUUUCUGCAUCAUUGAGCCAACUGUACAGUGAAUCUGACACCAGCAUUACGGCCACUUGCCUGCAGCAUCAGGACGAGGCACUGCGGCACGAAGGAGCAUCCUCCAACAUCCACACCAUCAGGGACACGGGUGGAACAGUGCUGUUUGAAGUGGACUGCACAAAGCUGGAGGAAUGUACCUCUUUGAAGGGUCGUGUCUUUGACCGAGUGGUGUUUAACUUUCCUCACUGUGGGAGAAAGAGUGGCGUUAAAAAGAACAGGGAACUUCUCAAAAAUUUCUUCCUCAGUUGUGUUCAGGUAUUGGCUGAAGACGGGGAGGUUCAUGUUUCCCUCUGUAAUGGACAAGGCGGGACACUGGCGGACCAGCCAAAGAGAGAAUGGCACAACAGCUGGCAGGUCGUUUCCAUGGCUUCAGAGGCACACCUGAUCCUCUGUGAUGUCCAGCAAUUUGAAAGUGAGAAAUACCAGAGCUACAAGUGCACAGGAUACAGGAGUCAGGAUAAGGGCUUUCAUGUGCAGAACGCCCUGCUCCAUGUGUUCAUCCGUAGCCUGCCCUUCACCUCCGCUCCGACACUGUUGAUGGAGGAGGACGUCGAAAAGGAGAAAGUCCUCUACAAGAUGCCAGCUGAGCUUAGCGAUUACAUUUCUAGGGGGCUUCUCUCCUCAGACUCUGUCCAUCCUGUGAAGCUGGUGCAAGACUUCCUUCUUGAGGGACUGGCUGAGAAGUGGUCUGUCUCCAUGAUGACAGAGACCUUCCCCCUCCUCCUCAGCUACAAACAACUACAGAGAUGCUGCUGGGACAUAGAUCAUACAAACUGGUACUGGAUACACCUGCUCCAAAGAGACCUCACCUCCAACACUCAACCCUCUGCUGAUGAAAAGAAAGACAAGCUAACGUCUGCAGACGAUCAGAAACAUAUAAAUGCAGCAGACACGUGUGUUAACGCAGACAAAGUUGAGAAAAGUAGAAGCAAAGGAGCUGACGUGUUGAGACCUGCAUCUUCUCUUGAUGGUGAUCCUGAAGAGGAAAGAGGUCUUUACAUGCUUCGACCAUCGCUGCUUCCUCACAUGGAAGAUCUUCUAAGAGAAAAAGAUGUGUUCACAAGCAGUACAGGGAGUGAUGGGGAGAUAGAGCAAAACAGUGUCAGUCCUGAAGAAAAGGUCAAAGAGCAGCCCUGUGUGAGCUCUAAUGGUUUUCCUAGCUUGUUGUUUGGCGUUAGUGAUGUGGUGUUCAGGAACACACCCAUCAACGUCUGGGCCCUGCCUGCAUUUCAUGAGCUUCUCCUCAGAGGUGUUUUUCCUUCAGAGAGUGAGCCAAUCAAAAUGUUGGGAGGAAAACUGGAAAAGCUGCUCGCACCUUUUGGGGUUGCUAUGGUUACAGAGCAGGAGGAUAUGUGUCUGACAGCUCAGCCAAUGGGUGUAGUCGGUAAAGUGUUCACUAAUAAAAAAAGUGACGACACUAGUGAUGUUAAUGUGACUGUCUCCCUGAAUCUAGACCUACUCGCUGUGCUUUUGUACUCACUUCCCGACUGGCGACUCCUGUGGUCACAUGACCCUCGCUUCUUAAAACAGUUUGCAAGCCACCCUCCGCCUGGAAAGCCGUUCUGCCCUUUCUCCAUGUUCCCCGAGCAGUUUAAGUUUGACAUCAGCUUCUGGACCGGUCCAACCUGGGACGAGAAGAAGUUCCACGCCGUGGUGAGAGAGGCCAGCUGUGGGACUGUUGAACAAGUAAAACUAAUUGAUACGUUCUCACACCCAGACCUCAGCCAGACCAGCUACUGCUACAGGCUCUUCUAUCACACACACACUCAUGCACUGUCGCACACACAAGCACUUCAGUUUCACAAACAACUGGAAGCCAUGCUCUCCUCCUGCUUACAAGUCACCAUCAGGUAGCCAGCAUAAACACCAAUGAGGAUUAAAAGGGAUUCAACAUAUUUAUCUUUGAGGAAUUACAGUUUACCUGUUCGUAAAUACUGAGUAUAUUUAUUAAUAUAAUCUAGAAAAAACGUUGUCGUGUCUCUGUGAAUUUUCAAUUUGUCAGAAUGUGUCCUGCAAAGUAUAACAAAUACUUUGUAAUAAAAACUGUGAAAUCAG